AUGAUCAUUCACCUUAAAUAUAUUCUCUAUCUGACUUUCUUACACUGUGUUCCAAGUGUAUCACAACGAAAUCUUUAUUUUAGUGCCGAAGUAAAUAUUGAUUCAUUCGAUGAAAUAGGUCUACGAUAUAACUGUUUACGCUUUAAUGCAAAUGUCAAGCGAAGAAGUGUCAGUCGAGACAUCUUAUCUUGGUGCAUGAGUGAAUCAUCAGUGAAAUUUUCUGAUCAAAUUCAAGAUAAAUAUUCACCAAAUAGAUUUUCUUUUAAUGACCUUGCAAAAAAGAAUAUUUCAAGUGCAGAAUUAUAUCAAUGGUCAGUACCAAUUGAUACCAUUGAAGAAUAUCAAGAUUAUUUGAAAUCAAAUGACGUAUCUUUAAAAGAAAAACUUGUUUAUAAAUGUACAUUACCAAGAUUUGGAUCAAUGUGUCAAUAUAGUUUAUAUUAUUAUAAUCGACGUUAUAAAGCAAUAUAUGAAUUAAUUUCAAGUUGGCAUGAGCAAAUUGAUAUGACUUGUUAUACUCAUUUAAAAUGUAAUCGUGGUAAUGCACCAGCAUGUUUAGAUUGGUCGGAAAUUUGUGAUGGAAUAGUUCACUGCCUUGAUGGACCAUUUGAUGAAGAGCAUUGUUGGCAAUUAGAGUUGAUUGAAUGUGAAGACAAUGAAUUUAAAUGUCAUAAUGGACAAUGUAUACCGAAUGACUUUGUUCAAGAUAUGACAAGAAUUCCCGAUUGUCUUGAUGAAUCGGAUGAAAAAUUAUCAACGUCUGCAUCGACUGAACAUUCUCUUUAUGAUGAAGAUGAUCCGCCUUUUGGAUGGGAAGAUGUAAGAUGUGGAAGAUCAUUCUUAACAAGUAGUUGUAAUCCAGAACGUGCAAACCAACUUAUCAAAUCGAUAUUUUCAAUCAAAGAUACUUCGAUAUCGGAUGAAUGUUGGUUCGCUCUUCAAUGUUUGAUCGGUAUUCAAAACCAAGCGUUCGAUUGGAUUACCCUUGAUAUUAUUGUGGAACAAUGUUUACCUACGAUGAGAAAUGAAUGUCCAAGUAUCAUCAAUAUCCCUAAUGUUCCAAUAUUUUUCGGUCACGUUUAUACAUUUUACAAAAGGAACGAUUUAUUGCAUGACGGCAUUCAUGUAUUACCAUAUUUAUGUUCAAACAAAUCUUUUCAUGAUGGAUCACUUCAACUAGCUCCGGACAUGUCAUCAAACGACACGAAAUGUUUUAUCCCGCCACCACCUACAGCUUUUAUAGAUUUAGGUGGUUUAGUGCAAGAUUUUAGGUAUGAAUAUUUUAUGAAUGAUAUUUUCGCUCAGAUUCAAAAUAUCCAUCCGAUUAUUAAUUUUCCAUUACAUCAAUGUAACACAUCCAAUUUCUAUCAAUGUAGGAAUUCGUCGAAAUGUAUUUCAUUUCAUCGUUUAAAUGAUGGAAAAUCUGAUUGUAUCUAUAAUGAUGAUGAAGGUGAUUACCGUGAAGAUCCAGACGAUUCUUAUCAAAACUAUACUAGAAGAACAAUAUCUUUUCAAACGAUGUGUGAUGGUUUUGAAGAGCUAUAUCCAUUAGAAAUCGAUAAUGAAAAUCAUACAGAUGAAACUGAAUGUCAACUAUGGGAAUGUAAUAAUAUUUAUACUCGUUGUGAUGGAAUAUGGAAUUGCAGGAAUGGAAAAGAUGAAAUCGGUUGUGGUAUGUCAUCAACUAUAUAUAAUUGUUCUUUGGAUACAACAAUAUGUGUCACACUAGAUACUGUAGAAUUUUCAUGUUUAUCAAUUCAAAAGAUUAGCGAUGGACAUGUUGAUUGCCUCGGCGGUACUGAUGAAAUAGAACUGUGUCGGGAACAAUCGACAAGUAAAUUUUACUGUAUGAACACCAAUCCGCCUAAAUGUGUCUUUUCUGGUCAAUUGUGUAAUCGUGACAAAGAUUGUCCAUACGGAGAUGAUGAGUUCUUUUGUCAAAGAACACGAUCAAGUCCCGGUUUCUUUCUUGAUUGUGAAAAGACUGAUUUCGGAUCAGAACGUGAUAUUGAAAAAUUUUUUUGUUAUUCUUCUAUGUAUAUAUUCAAAAAACCGAGUAAGUAUUUUAAAAUUGACGGUUUCGAUCAAUCAUGGAAGGAAGAAAUAAUUAAAAAUGAAACAAUUCAAUAUGAUUUUUCUCAUGAUUAUUCAAGUUCAAUUUUACAAUUUGAUCAAGCUCGUUGUAAUCGUGGUGCUGAUUUACAUGUCUGGUUAAAUCAAUCAUCGAAUUCUUAUAUAAAUACUUGUCUUUGUCCACCAAGCCAUUACGGAAAUCAAUGUCAAUACCAAAAUCAACGAAUAAGUUUAGCAUUACGAUUUUAUGUCUCAUCUGAUUCAUGGAAAACUCCAUUGGCGAUAUUAGUCUUAUUAAUUGAUGAUACAAACCAACGAACCAUUCAUUCUUACGAACAACUCACUUAUCUAUCUGUAAGAGAUUGUAAAAUUAAAUUCGAUUUUCAUUUAUUUUAUUCAACUCGACCAAAAGAUUCUCAAAGAAAUUAUUCAAUUCAUAUUGAUAUUUAUGAAAAGUCUUCUCAAAAAUAUCGAACAAGUUUUCUUUAUCCAGUGAAAUUUUCAUUUCUACCAGUUCAUCGUUUGGCAUUCAUUGUCAAUAUUCCAUCAUCUGAUCAUUCUCAACAACAUAUCUGUUCAAAUAAUCCAUGUCAACAUGGAAAAUGUCAGAAAUACUUCAAUGACGAAGCAACAUUCUGUCAAUGUGAUCAAAACUGGUCCGGAAAAUAUUGUCAGAUUCACCAUAAUUGUAGUUGCUCAUCAAAUUCCCUAUGUAUUGGCAUGUUAAGUGAUAAUCGAUCGAUCUGUUUAUGUAAAGAAAAUCAAUUUGGUUCUCGGUGUUAUCUUCGUCAUCAAACUUGUGAUCAUUUUCCGUGUCAAAAUAAUGGCUCAUGUAUUUCAAAUGAUGAUUAUAUGUUAUCGGAUACGAACAAAUAUUUUUGUAUCUGUUCAAAAGGUUUUAGUGGUGAUCGAUGUCAAAUAAUUGAUAAUCAAUUGGAUUUCAUAUUCAAUAAUGAUAUACAAUUAACUCAGUCAGUUUUUAUUCAUUUUAUAAGAAUUACUCCUUACGACGAAUUCAAACUAGAAAUUCCACCAAAGUCACCACAUAGAUCAACAGCAUUACAAACAAUAUCCCAAUCAACAAAUUCAGUUAGAAUUUAUUGGUCACAACCAUUUCAUUUAAUUUUUAUCGAAACAUUAAACAAAAUUUUUUAUUUAGCUUUCCUUCAAUCAAAUUAUACACACUCGACAAAAAUAAUUCAAAGAAUUGAUUCAUCGCAUCGUUGUUUAUCAAUUAAUCAAUUAGUCAAUGAAACAUUUUCUCAAUUGCAUCUUCUUCGUCGAAUGAAAUCUUAUCAUUUCGUAUGUCAAAAAUAUUCACCCAGUUUGUUAUGUUUUCGUGAUGAUAUACAUCUUUGUUUAUGUUAUAAUUAUACAGGAAAACGUUUAGCAAAUUGUUUUAACUUUGAUUACAACAAAAAGUUUGACUGUUCUGGACAAAGUGCUUGUAAAAAUGGAGGCCUAUGUUUUCAAGAUUCACCCGAUUGUCCGAAACGUUUUAUUUGUUCUUGUCAUUCAUGUUAUUACGGAUUGCAAUGUCAAUUCAGUACAAGUGAAUUUGGUUUAUCUUUAGAUGCAAUUCUAGCUUAUCACAUUAUUCCAAAUGUGAAUCUUUCUUAUCAACCAAUAAUUGUUAAAAUAAGUUUUUCAUUAACAAUUGUUUUUUUCAUUAUCGGAAUGAUCAAUGGUUUUCUGUCACUAAUUACAUUUCAAAAUCCAAGUGUACGCGAAAUUGGCUGUGGAAUUUAUUUAUUUGGUUCAUCAGUAACAACAUUAUUUACAAUGAUUAUGUUUGCUUUGAAAUAUUUUAUUUAUCUUUCAAUACAAAUGUUAUUUUUAUCAAACCAGUCGUUUCUCAAAGUUCAAUGUUUUUCAAUUGAUUUUCUUGUUCGAAUUGGUUUGAAUAUGGAUCAGUGGUUAAACGCAUGUGUUGCAUUAGAAAGAGCAAUUACAGUUGUUCAAGGUGCUCAAUUCAAUAAAAAGAAAAGCAAGGAAUUAGCAAAAAAAGUGAUUCCUACUCUUUUGAUUUUCAUUAUUUUAACAUCAAUUCAUGAUCCAAUUUAUCGACGUUUAACUGAAGAAGAAAAUGAAACCGAUGAUACAAAAAGAAUCUGGUGUAUUACCAAUUAUUCAUCAAAAUUACAAACGUAUAAUCGAAUUGUCAAUACAUUUCAUUUCUUUGUUCCAUUUUUUAUUAAUUGCAUUUCAUCAAUUACUUUAAUAGUAAAAAAAUCUCAUCAGCAAUUACAUCUUCAUGGAAGAAAACAACCUUAUACAGAUAUUUUACGUCAACAACUUCGAGAACAUCAACGUUUAUUAAUUGGGCCUGUUGUUUUAGUUCUUCUUGCAUUACCACGUCUAAUUCUUACGUAUUUAUCAAAAUGUAUGAGUUCCCAACGAGAUUCAUUGUUAUUCCUUUUUGGAUAUUUCAUUUCAUUUAUUACAGUAAUGAUUACCUUUCUCAUAUUUGUUAUUCCAUCAGAAUUUUAUCGAAAAGAAUAUAAAAAAUCAAUGACACAAUAUCAAGAACGAAUUCGAAAACAUAUUCAUCGAGCAUUUUGA